AUGUGCAGUGGAAAAGGUAAACCUUUGGUACUUAUUGGAUUUAUCCUCAUGAGUCUUGAAAUGAUUGUUUCAGCUAAUACAGGUUUCUCUAUAUCCAUAUAUAAUGUGACAUCAAGAAACAUUUAUCUCAGAUGGUCCAAGUUUUCAGGAGCCGUUUCCUACAGAAUCACAGCAACCCCCAGGAACACAGUAGGCCACUCUUUGUUGGCGCAUUUCAGUGAUGUUCCUGUUAUAGGCAUUCUUACUUCACUAACUCCCAACACUGUCCACACUGUAAAAGUGGAAGCCAUUGAUAAGAAUGGAAUUAUCCUGGCGGAAGCACAGACUAAGCAGUUAACAGCUCCUGAGAUACCUGCUAUUGACCAAGCUUAUUCAAAACUGAGCAACAGUAUCACAGUGGAAUGGGCAGCUGUUCCUGGGGCUACCAGUUAUCUACUGUCUGCACAGGAUGGAGAGUCUUUCAUUGAAACUAUAGUCAUAAAUUCACCAGGCACAGUGACAGGAUUGAAGGCUGCUACACUGUACAAAAUCACCAUCAGAUCUAUAAACUCUGGAGGAAGAAGCCUACCUUCGCCUUCAAAGAAGGCAAAGACAGUCUUGGCUGCUCCGAUCCUGUCUGUAAGUUCUCCAAGUUACAACUCCAUAGUGGUGAGCUGGGGAGCUGUAUAUAUGGCAGUUGGAUUCUCUGUGUCCAUCAUGAGAUCAGACGGUUUAGGCAGUAUGAUGAAAGAGAACACCACCCAUACCUCCUUGGUAUUUACCAGUCUAGAUCCAGGAACUCUCUAUACCAUCAAGGCACAUGCCUGGAAUGUUAAUGGAAUACCUGGAGAUGAUUUCACGUACAACCAAAUAACAAGUCCUCAUGCACCAUCAGAUGUUCAAGUUGCUUUUGAUAGUGGAACUUUGAGGGCCACUGUUUCUUGGAUACCAACAGAGGGAACUUUAAAUUACAGUGUGACAGCCAGCAGUGGAGCCUCCAAACUGAACUGUAGCACAUCUUCCACUUCCUGCACUUUGUCUUCACUCCAGUGUGGAUCUGAGUACUCUGUUUAUGUCAUAGCCAAUAAUGGUGCUGGAUCCAGUAAACCUACAGAUGCAGUGAGUUUAAAAACUGUUCCUUGUGCACCAGGAAGUAUAACAAUAGAAGAGGACAACCCUGGUAAAUUGUCAGUGUCAUGGUCUAAUGCAGAUCUUGGAGAUUAUUACGUGGUUUUUGUGAAAAGUGAUGAUGGCUUGGAAGUGCACUGCAACACAUCCCAUACCCAAUGCCACUUCCAAUCAGAUUGUGGUUUCACCUACUUCAUUAGUGUCUUCGCAUAUAACAAGGCAGGGCAGAGUCCUUUAGGGGAUAUAUUCAAUUAUACGACUGCACCUUGUUGCCCCAGUGACUUUUAUCCAGUGUUUGUGUCCAGCGAUACAGUUGAAAUUGUCUGGUCUCCUGUCCGUGGUGCUGAAAUGUAUGAAACAAAAGCUGUUGAUGGGGUUGGUGUAGUAUUGUGUCAUGACACUGCCACAAUUUGCAUCCUGUCUGCAUUGCAGUGUAACACCCAGUAUAACAUCACUGUGUAUUCUUACAGUGAAAUCAGGGACAGCAAUACAUCAUGUGAAUCUAAAUAUGUGGCAACAGCUCCAUGCAGUCCUGAAAUAAAAAACGUCUCACAGGAUGAUCUUUCCAUAAUUAGUGUGCACUGGCAGGCCAAUAAUAAUGAAGCUAUAUACACUGUUACUGUUAGAGGAGAGGCUGGAUUGUGGCAUUGCACAAGUUCUGGAAAUUCCUGUAGCAUAACUGGUCUUCCCUGUGGAUCAGUUUUCUCUAUUAGUGCUGUGGCAAUUACCACAGCAGGGCAGAGCUUACCUAGUUACAGUGUUCCUUUAGAGACAGCUCCUUGUUGCCCUAAUGAUCUGACAGUAACUCAAGUGAUGCAGUCUAUAACAAAUAUCAGCUGGUCUGUUGGGGCUGGUGCAAAGACAUAUAUAACAAUACUGGAAUCACUGAAAGGACCAGCCAAGUGCCACACUCUCCAAAACCACUGUCUCCUGGGAUGCAUUACAUGUGGCACCAACUAUACAGUGUCUCUGAAAGUGAUUAGUGAAACUGGUUUGGCCUCAUACUGCACAUAUCAAGACUAUUCUUCCAGUGCUUGCUGUCCUUCUGGGGUGAAAUUAUAUAGACUGGGCAAUAAUGGUAUCCGAAUAUACUGGCGAGCUUCUGCAGGGUUGAUAAGUACAGAUCUAUAUGGAUCAAAAGGCAAUUUCACCUGUACCCCUACUUCAGGUUUGAGUUAUUGUGAUGUCACCGAGAUACCUUGUGGGGAUGUCUAUACAGUGGUAGUUUCUCCUGUUCCUGAGAAAGGAUCAAAGCUUACACUUUGCCCUAAAAAAAUAUAUUCAGUGACCUGCUCUGGAAGUUCUGUUGGAAUGGGUACGAGAAUGCUGUCAGCAUUUCACCUCUAA